GCACAAAUUCAAAUGAAAUGCAAAAGAAUUGCAAAUGCAAAAAUAUUUCUAAUAACCAUCGCUCGUUACUCAAUAAAUCAAUAUUCGUCGUCCGUCAUCACACUUUCCGGUCGUUGCAAAACCGCCCCCCGCUGAAAUCGCCCUUUCGGAUAAUAUAAUCCCCCCACCCCGCCCCACCCAACCCAAAUACUUCCACCUGAAAGAUAUUGACACUGAAGAGUUCGACAAUCCAACGACCGCUCAACCAAUUUUCCAACCAACGUUUUCGAUUUCUUCUUUUCAAAUAUGGGUUUCCUGGAAGACAACAACAGCCGAGGAUCUAAGCUCCUAUUUUCAUCUCUGCGUUUGACAUGUAGUGCUAGUGGAUGUGAGAGGCAUUGGAGCACAUUUGAGCAGAUUCAUAUGAAAAAGAGGAAUAAAUUAGAGCACAAGAGAUUGAAUGCUCGAGUUUACGUGAAGUACAACACCAAAUUGAGGGAGAGAGCUAUAAGAAAAAGACAAAAUUAUGAUCCAAUAUUGGUGGCGGAAGUAGCUUCAGAUGAUGAAUGGAUCACGGAGAACGAAGAACCUAUCCUCCCAAAAGAUACUUCUCGGUUUGAGGAUGAAAAUCUCCUAGAAGUUGAUGCUAUUAGAGCUUUGCCCGUGAUACAAGCGAUAGAAGCUUUUGGUAGCUUGCAGUCUAUACUUCCUAGAAAAAGGAAGAUUGGUGAUUAUUGCACUGAAGACAAAGGCAAGAGGCCAACAUUGGUCACAUUUGAGGAAGACGAUGAUGUUGAAGAGGGUGAGGAGGAAUUUAUAAGUGGAAGAACUCCUACUAUAGAUGAGUUUGAUGAAGAUGAGGACUUUGAUGAAGAUCUUGAUAGUUCCCUUUGAACUUAGUUGAUUUAGAUUUAGAUUCUUAGAAAUUAGAAUCUUGGAUUAAGAGAUAUUGUGAUGCUUUAAUUUGGCUUUUUCUCUUCUUUUUGUAAAGUUAUGACUCAUGCUUAUUUUUAACAUGCAUUGUUUGAGUUUGUUAGCUAAAAUUUGCCUAUAUGAUACUUAAGAACUAUGUUUUUAUUUUU